GUGCGUGUGUGAACCGCGCGUGUGCGUGUGCAGCUCCGGCUCCCCGGGCUGGCGGGCAGGAGGGACCCCCCUUCUCCAUCCUCCCCGGAUCCGGCCCCAUCCCACUCCCACCCCCCUCCCCGCUUAUUUUUCCUGUUGUUCAGCGGGGCUGGGGCGGGGGCCGGGCAGGAUCCGGCCCCUUUUCCAGCGGGGAUUUGGAGGGGGAGAAUUUUUCCCGGUUUUCUUCCCGGUGUUUUUUUUUCCUGCUACCGAGAGAGGACGGGCAGAAGGCAUGGCAUGAGCUGCGGGAGACGGCGCUGGAGAGAGACCUGUGGAAGAUGUCGAACCCGAGAAACGGCGACACCAAGCCCCCAUGUUUGCCCCGCAAUGGACUGGUGAAGAUCCCCACGCAACCCAACGGCCUCGGCUCCGCCAGCAUCACCAAAGGCACCCCCGCUGUCAAAAACCGCCUGUGCCAGCCUUCCUCCGUGCCUGCCAUCCUCAGCCCGGCCUUAGCGCACCGCAGCGACCUGCCCAUCCCCAGCCUGGCCUCCCCGCUCUCCUUGGCCACUCUGGCCGGCGUCUCCUCCCCUCCCGGCGCUUCCUUGGUGGGACUGAACACGAGCGAAGGCUCGGAGCAGCCCUCUCCGGAGCGGCUGCCCGGCUCGCCCUCGGAGAGGCAGCUGGCGGUGGACGAGAAGAUCCUCAACCGCUUGUUCUGGUACUUUUCGGCGUGCGAGAAGUGUGUGCUGGCUCAGGUGUGCAAGGCAUGGCGGCGCGUGCUCUACCAGCCCAAGUUCUGGGUGGGCUUGACGCCUGUCCUGCACACCAAAGAGCUCUACAAUGUCCUGCCUGGUGGGGAGAAGGAGUUUGUCAGCCUGCAGGGCUUCGCCGUCCGUGGCUUCGAAGGCUUCUGCCUCGUGGGUGUCUCUGACCUGGACAUUUGUGAGUUCAUUGACAACUACCCCCUCUCCAAGAAGGGGGUCAAGUCCAUGAGCCUUAAGAGGUCGACCAUCACGGAUGCGGGGCUGGAGGUGAUGCUGGAGCAGAUGCAAGGUGUGGUGCGGCUGGAGCUGUCGGGCUGCAACGACUUCACGGAGGCCGGGCUGUGGUCCAGCCUCAAUGCCCGCAUCACAGCGCUGAGCGUCAGCGACUGCAUCAACGUGGCCGACGACGCCAUCGCCGCCAUCUCGCAGCUCCUGCCCAACCUCACCGAGCUCAACCUGCAAGCCUACCACGUCACGGACACGGCGCUCGCCUACUUCACCGCCAAGCAAGGCUACACCACCCACACCCUGCGCCUCAACUCCUGCUGGGAGAUCACCAACCACGGCGUGGUCAACAUGGUCCACAGCCUGCCCAACCUGAGCGUCCUCAGCCUCUCAGGCUGCUCCAAGGUGACUGAUGACGGCGUGGAACUGGUGGCCGAGAACCUGCGGAAGCUGCGCAGCCUUGACCUCUCUUGGUGCCCUCGGAUCACUGACAUGGCCCUGGAGUACAUCGCCUGCGACCUGCACAAGCUGGAGGAGCUGGUGCUCGACAGGUGCGUGCGGAUCACCGACACCGGCCUCAGCUACCUGUCCACCAUGUCGUCCCUACGGAGCCUCUACCUGCGCUGGUGCUGCCAGGUGCAGGAUUUCGGCCUGAAGCAUCUUCUGAGCAUGGGCAGCCUGCGCCUCCUCUCUCUGGCUGGCUGCCCCUUGCUGACCACCACAGGGCUGUCAGGGCUGGUGCAGCUGCAGGAGCUGGAGGAGCUGGAGCUGACCAACUGCCCCGGCGCCACCCCGGAGCUCUUCAAGUACUUCUCCCAGCACCUCCCGUGCUGCAUGGUGAUCGAGUAGUGCUGGCCCCUGCUGCCCCGCUCCCGCUGCCGCCCCAUCUGACAUCACCCAUCCCCUUUUCUUUCCGUCUGUUUGGGGAUGCAAAAGACACUGUUGAAUACAACCAACCCCGGACAUCCCCUGCAUUGACACCCCGAGGGACGUGCGGCUCCGCAGGGACAUGAGGACAGUGUCACCCCUUGCCAGAGCCCCCCCGGUCACCCUGUAAAUUCUCCCACACUGCCAACAUCGCCCGUCCUUCACCCAGUGUCCUGCCAAUCCCUUCUGGACAGACAAAUGGACAUCAUGGAAACCCAAAGUGGGAAGGCAACAGUGGUGUUACCCCCUCUGGCCGCAUCCUGCUCCCCCUCUGCCCCAGGGCCAUAUGGGUGCAUGGCCCUGCCACCAAGGAUGCUCUUGGGGACCAAAGAAUGCUCCCAGGGAUGGGCGAGAGGAGGACGCUUAUUUUUGGCACCCAUGGGUAGCGGUGGAGGCUGGAUAGGUCCCCUUGCAUUCCCGGAGUGGGUCACUGAGCCACCCCCCCUUGUGCUGCGUGUCCCCCCCCCGAGCCCCCAGUCCUGCACCUGGGAUGCCCGGCGCUUUCUCCUGGUGAAUAGGAUGUUUCUCUGCGCCCGCCCGCUGCCCUCGCAUGCUCGCUUGCUUCAUUCUUGUGCUACAGCAGGCUCUGGGGUACCCGGGGGGAUGGUUACAAGUGGCAGCCUCCACUUGGCUCUUUCAUAUGGCUUCAACGCGGCCAGAUCCUGCUUCUGGGUUCCCCUGGUUCCCCCCUCGCCUUUGGGAUGCCGCUGCACCCUGGUUUAUGUGGGGUUGGUGGGGUUACAUCGACGCCGACGAGUGACCCAUCCGGCUGGCAUGGCGCAUCCAGGGGACCGGGGCCAGCUCUGAGCCACCGCGGAGACACUGGCAGCGCGGAGCAGAGGUGGAAGGCGGUAUUUGGGACACGCUGCCACCACCAGCACGCUUCCAGCUGGAAAGCCAUCACCCGACGCCGGCAGCAAGCGGGGAACAGAGGAUGAGCAGAGCACGGGCACGGGGCUGGGGUGACCACGGGGACCUGGCGCGGGACGGGGCUCGGUGGCCGUCCCUGCUGCCACACCGGCUGCCUGCACGGACAUGGACACGGGCACGGGCACGGGCACGGACACGCUUUCGGUUUGUUUUGCCUUUGUACCGGCCGGGAAGGAACUGCUGCACCAAC